GCGGGAGCAAGCGCGGCGCUAGCUGGCGAGCACGUCUGCUGCUCAGCGGGAGCCGGAACGGGAGGCGGGUAAUUGAAUGGAUCUUCAAAACCAGAGCUGUUAAAACUGAUAGAAAAUGGCAUAUCGAAGAGAUGAAAUGUGGUCUGAAGGGCGGUAUGACUAUGAAAGAGUUCCGAGAGAACGUCUCCCUCCAAGGGUUCAUCCUGAUGAUGAUUAUCAUAGAGUAGUAAAUGUUGUGCCCAAGAAACCACCACUGUUUGAAAGACCUGUGGAUGGGAAUUACAGUCGGUAUGACGAUUACAAUUAUUCUGAGUACAGAGACUAUGAAGGGGGUCGCAGUUUCGCCCAUGACCGAAGAAGUGGCCCACCACAUCGAGGCGUACGUAAGGAUGAAUCAGGAUACAGGUGGCCACGGGAUGAUCAUUCUCUAAGUCGGCAUCCUGAAUACAGGGAUGGCUUCAGAAGAAAAAGCUUCUAUCCUUCUCAUUAUAUGAGAGAGAGAUCUCCACAUAAGAGGGACUCGCCUUUCUUCAGGGAAUCACCAGGGGGCCGAAGGGAUUCUCCACACAGCAGAUCUGGCUCUAGUGUCAGUAGCAGGAGCUAUUCUCCAGAAAGAAGCAAAGCCUAUUCUUUCCACCAGUCCCAGCACAGCAGAAGUAUGUCAUCUUUACAUAAAAGAAAUACUUCUUCUCAGCAAGGUAAGGAGAGGCCAUCGGUUUCAUCACUGAAAACAUCAAGAGAUGCAUCACCUUCAGGCUCCACAGCAGUACUGUCAUCAAAGGUCUUGGAUAAGAGCAACAGACUAUCGGAAAAGGAACUCGCAGAAGCUGCAAGCAAAUGGGCAGCUGAAAAGGCAGAGAAGGCUGAUGAAGGCAGCUUACCUCAAAUAACAGAGUAUGAUGCUGGAUCUUCAGCUCCGUUAUACAUUGAACAAGUGGAGGAAACAGAAACGAAUAUAACGGACAAUACAGAGUUAUAUGAGGAUAGCCAGCUUCUUGGUCGCUCAAAAGCAAUUGCAACUAAGACAAAGGAGAUUGAGCAGGUCUACAGACAAGACUGUGAAACCUUUGGCAUGGUGGUGAAGAUGCUGAUUGACAAAGAUCCAUCAUUGGAGAAUUCCCUUCAGUUUGCCCUGCGGCAGAAUUUGCAUGAAAUAGGUGAGCGAUGCAUUGAGGAACUCAAACGUUUCAUUGUACAGUAUGAUGCUGCCAAUCAAGAUCUAGCGGAAUCCUUCAAAGAGGGCUCAUACUAAGGACAAAACCGCGCUUUCAGAUCCUCUGCAUUGUGUAUGCCAUAAUACAUAAACCUGCUUGUCCUGGGGAAAAAGGAGAACUUGCUGAGGAUUUCAAUCCAAGGUCUGCGCUCCUUCGUAAUAGCUCUGGUGGCUGUACCUCGUUCCCCGUGGUCUCCACAAGUGCAUUCUUCCUACCUGUUGACAUCUGUUCCUUUGAAGGGAUGUUCUUUUCAAAGAUGCUGUACAGUGGCAAACUAUUUUUAAAACUUUUAUGCAGUUGCCUAGGGGGAAAAAAUGUCAGUCCCAUGUAUGUACACUUCUGUUUUGACGUUUGUAAGUGGAACUUCAAAUGCUGUAUUUUUUAUUAAAAUAAGGAGAAGCAGCUCUGCAUUCCUCAGCUCAUCCAGAAAUAUCUCUUUGUUUUCAUGUGUACUACAGGAGGGGAAGGCUUGCAAAACUGGUCACAGCUAUGAUUUAAGUUAUUUAUCAUACUUU